AUGAGCAAUUCGUCGGCAAUAGCCUCCUCGAAAUCAAAAGCAGCUUCGGCACAACCCUCAGAGUCAUCUUCAUCCAAGCGCAAGAGAGGAGUUUUCCAAAGAGAAUUGCAGCACAUGAUGUACGGUUUCGGAGAUGAUCCUAAUCCACUUCCUGAAAGUGUCGCACUUAUGGAUGACAUCGUCGUAGAAUAUAUUACAGAACUGGUACAUAAAGCACAAGAUAUUGGAUCACAGAGGGGGAAGCUAUCAGUUGAGGAUUUCCUCUAUUUGAUUCGCAAGGAUUUGCCAAAACUUAACCGUUGCACAGAGCUGUUGUCUAUGAAUGAAGAGCUGAAACAAGCAAGAAAGCUUUUUGAACACGAUGAAGAGAAUCUAAGGAAGGUUUUUGAGGGGGAUGAACCAGCAGAAGGAUGA